AUGUGGGUGUACGAGAAGCUAUCUCACGCAGCAAGUCAUCGCUUUGAUGCUAACGGAUCUCCCCUAUCUCGAAUGCAAUCUCCCUCAGAGAUAAUUGUCGAUCCGCGGCUCUUUCUAGAGCGCUACGAACAGGCUUCACCAACGGAAGCUUCUGGAGGCAGCGUCACAAACAUUCAUCCAGACGACAUGUUCAGUCUGCCUUCUGUAUAUUCUGCUAUCUGCAGUGGAGUUGUUCGAAACCUCGUUAGCAUGGCUCCGCCAGAACUUCUGGACUGGGCGAAUGUGAAAGAACUCUACUGUAUGGGUGGUGCACUGAAAAGGAAUCCUCUCCUACUGGAACAAUUGAUGACGGAGUACCCUUCAGUCGAUAUGAACUCCAUCUCAGAGGACAAAGUGAUAGAAGCAUGUGUUGGAGCUGCACUCUAUACUGCUACAGUUAUUGAGGCCUCGAAGUCAAGUUGA